AUGCUACAAUUCCAGCUACAUCUCGUUUGCAUUUUCGCAGUUUUCACUGGUUCAACACUAGCGCUCCUAGACUUCUUCAAACCGCCAAACUAUUUCCGCCAUGGAGACAAGAUCUCGCUAUUUGUGAACAAGAUUGAAUCCGAUCAUACCCAGCUCCCCUACGCAUGGUACAGUCUAUCGUUUGUUUGCCCGCCCAUGCAUGGCGCCAAGCCCGUGCACUUGUCGCUCGGGGAGAUCUUGCGGGGGGACAGGAUAUGGGACAGUGGAUAUAAGCUCAAUUUCGGCAUGGAUUCCCAUUGCUCGAGGCUAUGCGACUUGCGAGCUACACAAGCGGGGAUCAAGCGAGCGGCGCAGUUGGUCAAGGAUGGCUAUGUUGCGCACUGGUCCGUUGAUGGACUCCCCGGCGCCACGACUUUUGAAAGCAAUUUGCACCGCAACAAAUAUUACGCCGCGGGGUUCCCCUUGGGGUUUGUUGAUAACGAGGGAGUGAGCUAUUAUUACAACCAUGUGAUGUUGGUGAUUCGAUAUCACCGAGAUAAACCCAAUGACAGAUCGUACAUUGUCGGGUUUGAAGUUUACCCCAAAAGUGUCAGCGACACCUUGUGUCCGGGAGCAUCCAAGUCCUACAAGAAUUUCGCCUUGCGGCCCCAGUAUGAUGAAAACGGACAACUUCUGAGCGAACGCACAACUAUUCCAUACACGUAUUCCGUUUACUGGCGCGAAGACAGUUCCAUCGAUUAUGACUCGAGAUGGGACUUGUACUACGCGAAUGAGUCCGUGAGUGCGAGCAAGAAAAUCCACUGGAUUUCAUUAGUCAAUUCGUUGGUGCUUAUCUUUCUAGUUUCCGCUGUUGUAAUGGUGGUCUUUAUUCAGAUUAUGAAGAAGGACUUUCACAAGCUCGCUCCGAGUUUCUCAACCCCCAACGAGUCCAGCAACCUAUCCAUUUGGAACAGUUUGGCCCAUGACGUGAGCAAAACCCCUGCUUCGCCUUUGCUCCUCACCACGUUGGUCUCGGGAGGCAUACAGCUGCUCAUUGCCGUGAUUGGCGUUAUCACGCUUCAUUCUCUCGAUUCGAUACGCAGAAACUCAUUUGUCAACAACCACCAAAGUGCAUUGUUUUCGUUUUCGAUAUUUUGCUUUCUGCUAUCGGGCCUUGCUUCGUCAUUCAUCGGCAUCAACAUUUAUAAGUGCUUGCAGAAUGAGACUGAGUAUCCCUACAGUGUGUCAAGAGCAGUGCCGCUUGCAUUGACGUUUAGCGCUGCGUUGCCGGCGUUUUUGUUCCUGCUAAUGAUGCUACUUAAUUUCUUUGUGUGGGCUCAGGAGGCCUCGACCGCGUUGCCAUUUGGCACCAUUGUUGUGUUUGUUUCCUUGUUUAUCUUGAUCCAGUGUCCCCUCGGCAUCGUUGGUGGAUGGAUGGGCAACAACUACAAAGUGGGCCUGAAAUCAGCCAUACUGGAAUACCACGAGCUUGGGGAAAAGACAAGUGACAGUACUCGUACUCGUACUCUUUACAGAUAUAGAUUUCGAGUCAUUAGAGCUAUUGCAUCAUUUGUCAAGUCAACCGCGGUCUUUGGGCUCAUUCCAUUUGGAAUAGUAUAUGUUGAACUCAUCUUUAUCUUCAACUCGGUAUGGUUGGAAAAGACAACUUUUUACUACAUGUAUGGCUUCCUGUUCAUCACAACAAUCAUGCUCAUGAUCAUACUAGCCGAGUCUACCAUUAUAGCGAUUUACAUUUCGCUCGUUUACUAUAAUGACGCCAACUGGCAGUGGCUCUCUUUCCGAGUGGGGUCCGGCAUCGCUUGGUACAUCUAUGGCUACUCCAUCUACUACUAUUUCAAAGUGCUCAACAUUGACGAUUACAUCAGCACGUUGCUUUACUUCAGUUACAUGGCGCUCGCGUGCUUCAUUAUCGGUGUUGCUGGAGGUUCAGUUUCGGUUCUCACCGGUCUAAUGUUUAUACGCAAGAUCUACAGAAGCGUCAAACUAGAGUAG